ACAAUUUCUGUAUUUCCGGAAGCGAUGGGAUUGGCAAUGUCGACACAAACAAAAACUUUUUAGGUGACAAAAACAAUUAUUGCGUAUUGGAUGGUAACAUAAAAUAUUGUACAAUGACCUUGUCAAAUCUUUAAUACCACAGUUCAUCUUUUUACUUGUGAAGUUUAAUUAGCAGAAAUGAGUGCCGUAGAGCUGAAGAAUCAGGGAAACAAGUUAUUUGCUGCCAGGAAAUAUGACAAUGCCAUUUCUUGUUACACGAAAGCAAUAGCUAAAAAUCAAAAUGUUGCAACAUUUUUCACCAACCGAGCUUUAUGUUAUCUGAAGUUACGCCAGUGGGAUUUUGCAGUGAAGGAUUGUCAACAAGCUUUAGAUUUAGAUAGAUUAUUGGUCAAAGGUCAUUUCUUCUUGGGUCAAGCGUUUGUGGAGCAGGGUUCAUAUGAUGAGGCCAUUGCUAGUCUACACAAAGCCUUUGAUCUGGCGAAAGAACAGAAGUUAAAUUUUGGAGAUGAUAUUACUGGGGCAUUAAGAUUAGCCAAAAAGAAACGAUGGAACAGAAUAGAAGAGAAAAGAAUUCAACAGGAAAUCACUCUACAGACAUAUCUUAAUAAAUUACUUAAAGACGACAAAGACAGGAAGGUGGCCACAGCCAAGAAGACGUCGAGUAAAGCAAAUGUAAAAGAAAUAACAGAUAAUAUAGAAACAGAUCAUGAUUUAAAAUUAAAAGAGUUAAAUCGAUUAUUUAGUGAAGUGGAUGACAGAAGGAAGAGACGCGAUGUGCCUGAUGUGUUGUGUGGUAAAAUAAGUUUUGAAGUUAUGAGAGACCCAGUUAUAACCCCCAGUGGUAUUACCUAUAAUAAACAAGAUAUCAUAGAACAUUUACAGAGAGUUGGCCAUUUUGAUCCAGUGACUCGGAGUGUCCUGACACAAGAACAGCUCAUACCUAAUCUCGCCAUGAAAGAAGUCAUUGAUAAUUUCCUAGAAGAGAAUGCAUGGGCUGAAGACUAUUAAAUUUAUUAAAUAUAAGACGAUUCUCCUGUUUGACAUUUUGAGUAUCACCAAUUUAAUUUAAAUCAAAAGCUCUCUGCUAGAUCCUGUGAAAUGUGUUUUUCCUGGAAGGAAGAAUUCUGGAUUGAUGAUAUUUAAAUUGGGUUUGAUGGAAAAGGCCUCGCUAGACAUUGAGUAUUAGCUUUAAGUCCUGAUGAUUGUCAUGCAAAAGGCAGGGCAUUAGUUUCAGGUCCUGAUGGUUGUCAUGCAAAAGACAUGGGAAUUUUUAGAACACUGGAUAACACUUUUUAUUUAGGUUCAUAGUUAAAUAUUUUUUUGUGGUGUGGAGUCAAAAGGCGAAUCUCAGUUUUGCACAAAAAAAAAAGUAUGCUUUUCAUAAAUUAGGUCAGAUACAAGCUUUGACUCCUUCAACAAUGCAUUUACUUGGGUUGCAGCCCAGCUUGUGUCUGGAAGUUUUACAAUAUAUCUUUAAAUUUGCAUUUUCUAAACAGACUAACAGAUUGUCUAUUAUAAAGAUCGAUUAGAUAAAAAAAAAUGCCAAUGAAGUUAAAGUGUCAGCAAAUCUAUUAAAGACCCAAUAAUCUGUUGUCAGCAAGUCAAUCUAAGACCCAAUAAUUUGUUAGCAAGUCAAUCAAAGACCCAAUAAUCUGUUGUCAGCAUGUCAAUCUAAGACCCAAUAAUCUGUUGUCAGCAAGUCAAUCUAAGACACAAUAAUUUGUUGUAAGCAAGUUAAUCUAAGACCCAAUAAUUUGUUGUCGGCAAGUCAAUCUAAGACCCAAUAGUUUGUUGUCAGCGAGUCAAUCAAAGAUCCAAUAAUCUGUUGUCUGCAAGUCAAUCAAAGACCCAAUAACUUGUUGUCAGUGAGUCAAUCUAAGACCCAAUAAUUUGUUAUCAGCAAGUCAAUAACCCAAUAAUUUGAUUUCAGCAAGUCAAUCGAUGACAGAAUAAUUUGUUUUUAGCAAGUCAGGCCAGAUGACUUGGAUACUGUUUGCCUGGCAACCUAUCUUUCUCUUUGUAAUGCAGAACAUUGAUAAUUCAUGACUAAAACCAGUAAAAGAAUGAUGUAUCUUGAGGCCCUUUGGCACAUCUAUCAACCUACUGACAUUAUGUAUAAUAUUUUCUGUGAAUUGGGUUGAAAAAAAACCUUUGCGAUCGUAAAAGAUGAUUUUAGACUACAAUGAUUUUAAUAGGGUUAAACAUCAUGAAAUUUUAACUAAGAUAAAAUCCAAAUUUUAUUAAUUUGAUUGGAUAAUAUUCAAUUGAUUUUAGUGCUUAGCCAUUCAAAAUGGAAGUAUCUACUAAAAUUGAAUUUUAUCUUUAGUUAAAAUUUCGUGAAAUAGGUCCCAGACUGACUGCUUGAGGUUUCACAUCUUCUUUUAAAGAUCUCGAUCUCACAAAUUUUUAGAAUUUUAAUAUAAUUAAGGAAACUAUGAACCCUUUGAUUUAAAGAUACAUUAGUUAAAGAGUUAGUCAUUCUUGCUAUAAUAAUUCAAAAAUAGAUGAUAAAAAAAGAAAAAAUUGAAAAUUUCAUUCAAAUUACUUCAUUCUGAGCCAAGUUAUCACUGUUUGUAGUUUUGACAAGAUGCGUGCAUUGUGGUAACCAGGGCAAUGGUAUAUUUGAGACUUUGCCUCGCUUUCCCAUUUUUAAAUGGCGAACCGUAAAAAUCGAGAGUUGAUAAUAAAUGUGUAAUUAAUGUCUAAUUAAUAAUUUAGAUAACAUUUCAGACUUAAAGAAAGACCUGCAAUAGACAGAUUUAACUCUUGAAUAAUGUAUGUUUAAAUCAAAAUAAAUAUUGGAACCUGACAAUCUGAUUAAAAUACAGAUCUAUAUUUCAUUUCGUUUUUUUUAUACUUUCGAUGGCCUACACUACAUGAAGAUCUGACAAGUUAUAGCGAUAGGUCACGUCAGGGGUCAAAAGACCGACCUAUGACGUCAGACAUUUGAUUAAUCAAUCAGCAUUGAUGUUACUAGUGGAUUACUCACAGUUCCGGGCAAAAAAGGUCAAACACUUGAUUCGACAGACCAUUUGAUUGGCUGACCCUUCAUUCCAGAUCCAAGUGUAGUAAAGACAAGUAAAACGAAAUUUUGAACUAUAAAAACAAAACGAAAUAGGAUCUGUAUUUUAACCAGAUUGGGACCCUGAUGAGUUAUGUCCAGUAGAAAUGGAAAAGGGGGUUGGGUGGCCGAAUAGUUAGCACGUGCGUGCUGUAUCAUACGGCCUGUCAUUGAGUCAACUGGCAUGGUUUCGAAUCCCCGGUUGUACGUGACAAGGAGUAGGGUCGUCUGUCCAGCCUCGUGGGUUUUCUCCGGGUCCUCCAGUUUCCUCCCACUGCUAGAGACCCCUACGCGUAAGUGAAUUAAUGAAAGAAAAUUGGACCAUAUGUUAGUCUCUCUCUCUCUCUUUAAAAAAAUUCCACAGACACUAAAAUAAUUUUAGAUUUCAAUUAUUUGUGUGUGUGUUUAAAUAUAUUUUCCUGUUAGAAAGUAUUUUUAAACUAUUGGGUUAUUAUAUACAUCUGGAUGUAAAUAAUUAUCUUUGUAUAUGACAGAAAUUGAAAUGUGUAAUAAUUAUCUUUGUAUAUGACAGAAAUUGAAACUUGUAAUAAAAGAUGUUGUAAAUAUUA